AUGAUCAUGAUGCCUGGGUCUUUCCCGAAUGAUCCCACUUUUCCCAAUCGGUACUAUAUUGGUGGCUGCAGUCAUUGCCUCACCUUUGAAACAUGUACCGGCCCCCCCCCGGAGCCUGAGCCCAUUGAGGUUGUCGAGCUGCCUCUACCUCCCGUCUCGAGCAACUCCGCUCCGGGUUCGUGUAGCUCCAUCAUCAACCCACAUGGUACCGGCUGCAUAGCCCAGAUAGGCGGUGGCUCUGACACCAAGACCAUCGGAAUCCUAGCACAGGGCGACUUCCUCCCCGAUGGUAAGCACAUCAUCACCAUGGUCACCUUCGUGGGAGCCCCGGAAGCCCCUGAAGCUGCAAGCAUCUACACCGGGGAGCAGAUUAUUCUCGUUAAGACGGAUAACUCAACGUUCCUUAACGGUGAUGCCUGGAAAUGCCUCACUUGCGGUAUUCCCGCCGCCAAUGCCGUCAAUAUCACGGACCUUCUCGACUACCCGCAGGCGUUUAGCGACGGCAAGCGUAUCCUCGCUGGUGACAAUAUCAUCGACUGCGGUGAAUACAAACUCACUAGCCCCGAGUGCACCCCUGACGCUACCUUCAUGUAUCCCAUUCACUGGGAAACAUCUGCGGAUGGCGAAGGCAAGGGCGGCGCUCUCCGCGAGCUCCGUCUCCAUCCCGACAGUGUCCACCUCGGCUUCAGCUCCUUCUAUAGCAACAACGGAAGUAUGGGACAAUAUGCCUACUUUUCCCGGCUCCAGUUCAACCCUUCACCCACGAAAGGCCUGCCUUUAGUCCCCCGCUACGACCUCGUCAACGUGACUCGCCUGGUUGACGCCAAUGGAGUGCAGCCCCUCUCAGUCGAUGGCGACGAGAUCCACGUAAACUUUGACGCCAUCACUGUCGGUGAGCUACGCGGAUUCUCCGGCAGGGGACACGAGGCCAUCUACCUCGGUACUCCCUGGGAGUCUUCCAACAUUGACGUCUUUGCCGUUCACCUGCAGACCGGAAAGAUCCGCCGCCUGACCAAUCACCCGGAGUAUGUCGACCCUAUCCAUGUCUCGCCCGAUGACGAGUGGUUUGUCAUCGAGGACACGCGCGGCUCUGGCCGUCAGAUGUUCUUGGCCGGCAUGCGCGGUCUUCCACCCCUCACGGAUUUAGUGAGUACCAGCGUGACUACAGCAACGCGCAACAACGGUGCUCGGCGCUUCUUCCAGCCCUUCCUCCUUGACCGCGAUGGUGAUCGUGGUGACUACUUUGGCCAGAAACUCAAUGGACCUGGCCGGGGCAUUCCAGGCAGCGGCGAUGUCAACGAUCCUGAAUGGAACGCAAUGGCCGAGCCCAGAUGGAGUCCUAAUAUGACUGAAAUUGUAUACUGGCAGGCACAAACCAUCUCCCCUCAAUGUGGUGGAAACAAUCCCCUGCCAUGCUACCCAUCCACCGCACCUGGAGGCAGGACAUACCGUCUAAUGCUGGCCAAGCUUACAAGCCGAACUCCUAAAAUUAUCUCACCCGCGGAAGAAGCGUCUGAUGUGAUCCCGUGGGGUGAGCCCUACGUUCCAGGAAGUAUCCCACGGAGCUCUGAGGGUCCCCCCGCGGGCGAGUAUACACUCAAAGGCGAGGUUUCGGGCCAUGCUGACGUGAGCCUCGUCAAUGGAACAGGAACUGGUUCCGCUUCCAUUGGCACUGUUGCGGUGAUCUACCAUGAUUACUCGGAUGAUGGAAUAAACUUCCUCAAUGGUUGGGAGAAUGUUACUUCUAUUUCUCUGUCACCUACUCUAAAUCACGUUGACUGGUACUCGGACCUGGUGCGGACAGGUAAAGAUGGGUACCUUGCUACUAAAAAAACUAGUCCUGAUGGUUUCCACCUGGAGCUGGACGUGAUGACGAACAUUUUCAACGCAAAUGGCACACUUACCACAACCGUGGAUGGCGAAAUCUAUGAGCAGCCUUUAAAUAAUGCCUAA